AGUAUUUAAUUUCUUUGCACUUUGUAUAUAAUAAAAAUUUGUGGAAGCUUAGUUUAACAGUUCAAUCAGAACAUCAUUCUUCCACAAAACACACUCACACAAUUCUCUUGACCUUCUUUAGCAACACUACUCACUAGCUUCAAAUCAAUAUGCAGAAAAUAGUGCUAAAGGUAGAACUCUAUGAUGAUAGAAUCAAGAAAAAAGCCAUGAAGACAGUAUCUGGUCUUUCAGGGGUUGAGUCUGUUUCAGUGGACAUGAAGGAUCAAAAACUAACAUUAGUUGGAGACAUAGAUACUGUUGAUGUGGUGGGAAAGUUAAGAAAACUAUGUCAUGCUGAAAUAGUUUCUGUUGGACCAGCCAAAGAAGAGAAAAAAGAUGAACAAAAGAAAGAAGAAGACAAGAAGGAAGAGCCAAAUAAAAAGGACCCAAAAGAAGAAUUGGCUGAUCUUGUGAAGGCUUUUGAAACACAUUAUAAUCAAAUGAGACAACCAUAUCCUUAUUACUAUUACCAAACUGUGGAAGAGUCUCCAAGUGGGUGUGUUAUUUGUUAAGACAUUGAAAUAUUAUUUAUGGAAUUUGAGAGUAGGUAAAUAAAUGAGAACAAGAAAAGAAGUUGGGGGUGAGGGUUAUUGUUCUUUUUUAUGAUAUUACAUUUUAUUCUUCUUUUCAUGUUCUUAGUUUUUAGAUUUUUCUCUUAUCUUAGCUAAGAAAAAAGGUAUGUUGAAGAAGGGAUUAUAAAUUGUACAUUAUUUUGUGGGGUACCAAUAUUUUGAAUUUUUGUUGUCUUGAUAAUACUCUGUAUUCAAAAAUGUGGAUUGAGUUAUCUUGAAAAUAAGAAUUGAGAGUUUGGAUUAA